AUGGACUCGUGGACGGCUAAUAUGUGCAAAUAUGCGGCCGGUAAAUCGGCUUUUGCUCGUGUCCUUCUUGAGGUGCCUGUUAGGGAAAACUGGAUUGAUGAGGUGAUGGUUCGUAUCCCGGACCCGGAUACUCUUGUUAUGACUUUGUUUGCUCUUCGUGUUGAAUAUAAAUGGAAACCCCCUAUGUGCACUAAUUGUCAUAUUUUUGGUCAUUCUAUAUCUUCUUGUUUGAAUGCUAUUUCAAAAAAUGAUACUAAUGUGACUACUUCAAAUGAGCAAUCCACCUCUGGCAAGAAAAUUAUGAUAGAUAGCGAAGGGUUUCAGUCACGUGUUCCCAAGCAAAGCCAAAAGCCUAAAGCUUCGAUACCCACUAUGAGGAAGGAAUACAAGAAGAAAGAGACCCGCCCCAGUGCCUCUAAAGGGAAGCAAGUUGAUGAUCUCAAACUUGGUUUGGAAGUAUCUAUGCAUAGGAAAACUCGUAAAUCUCGUAUGCCCAACAAUCGGUUUAAGUUUUCCAUUCCUCUUCCUAGAGGCACUCGUAUCAUUGUUGCAUGGAACCCCGUCCAUGUUGACAUGAUGCUUCUAAAUGCCACCGAUCAGGUGAUGCAUUUUCAGGUUAAGAUCCAUGACUCCUCUAAGACUCUUUUCCUUUCUGUUGUUUAUGCGGAUAAUUACCAUAUCGCCCGUCGCCAGUUAUGGGCCUCUCUUAAGGGCCAUAAGCAUGUCGUUAAGGACACCCCAUGGUUUAUCAUGGGUGAUUUCAAUGUUGCCCUUGACCCUAAGGACAGCUCUUCUGGCAUCUCGGGCCCUAAUCGUGGUAUGGAUGAUUUUCGUCAAUGUGUCCGACACCUUGAGGUGGAGGAUGUCAAUUUCAAGGGUCUGUUUUUCACUUGGACUAAAAACCCCAAGGGUACGGGAGGUCUUCUUAAAAAGAUUGACCGUGUCUUGGGCAAUUCUCAUUCCCUUGCCCUUUUCCCUUCUGCUUCUGUUGUCUUUCUCCCCUACCGUUCUUCGGAUCAUAGCCCGGCGAUUCUUACGCUUCCAUCUCGGUCUCCUCGUAAACCCAAACCAUUCAAAUUCCCCAAUUUCCUUACUCAUAAAGAGGCUUUCUAUUCUGUCGUGGCCUCGAGCUGGAGCCCUGACCUAUCUGGCUAUGAGAUGUAUAAGGUAUUCCUAAACCUUAAAAAUCUCAAAGGCCCUAUCCGUAAGCUCCUCAAAGAUCAGGGUAACCUGUUCUCUAAUGUCACUAGAAUCCGUCUUGAGCUCGACAGGGUCCAGACUGCCCUUGAUAGGGACCCUGAAAACGUGGACCUCCGUGAGGAGCACUGUGGGUAUUUAUCUGCCUAUAAUAGUGCCUGCCUUGAUGAGGAAAGGUUCCUGAAGCAAAAAGCUAAAAUCCAUUGGCUCCGUGAGGGAGAUAAAAACUCUACGUUCUUCCAUAAAUCGGUUAAGAGCCGUAUCAGCCGGAAUAAUAUUGACACCAUCCAAAAUGCUGACGGUCUCUGGAUCUCAAAGGAGGAGGUUCCUGAUCUUUUUGUCUCCCACUUCCAGAAUUUUCUUGGGACUCCUCAUCCUUCUCUCCCCAUCCGUGAUCCCGCUUUCCUCUUCUCUAAUAAGCUUAAUGUUGAUCAGGCUGCUUCGAUGCUCGUGCCCAUUUCCGAUUCCGAGAUCAAGAAGGCCCUUUUCCAGAUUGGGGAUGACAAGGCGCCUGGUCCUGAUGGGUUCACCGCUAAAUUUUUCAAGGCUGUUUGGGAUAUCGUUGGCAAGGACCUGUGCUCUGCCGUUCGUGAGUUCUUCACGUCUGGUAAGCUCCUUAAGUCUAUAAACAGCACUAACCUUGCGCUCAUUCCUAAGUCUGCUGCCCCGUCUCGGGUCACCGACUUCCACCCCAUUGCUUGCUGUAAUGUCGUGUAUAAAAUCAUUAGCAAGAUUAUCGCGGAUCGGAUCAAAGACCAUCUUUCCUCUCUGGUUGAUGUCAACCAGUCUGCGUUCAUCCCGGGUCGGCUCAUCACGGACAACGUUCUUCUCAUUCAGGAGCUCAUGCGUGGCUAUCAUAAGCAUCGGGGCCCUCCCCGCUGUGCCUUCAAGGUUGACAUCCAAAAAGCUUAUGAUACUGUUGAUUGUGACUCUGUCCGUGUCGUAAAGGAUUCCAUUGACGAGUUCUCUGGUGUGUCUGGCCUUCUUCCCAAUCCGGCCAAGAGCGAGGCUUUCUAUUGCAAUAUAGGUCCGAUCACUAAGAGUGCUAUUCAGUCGAUCAUCCGGUUCCCGGAGGGCUCUCUUCCGGUUCGUUAYCUGGGUGUCCCCCUCAUCACGACUCGCCUCUUUCAUCAGGAUUGCAAGGGUCUUGUGGACAAAGUGAAGUCCAAACUCCWUGAUUGGAAAAACAAGUCCCUCUCUUUCGCCGGUAGACUUCAGCUCAUUCUCUCUGUCUUGUCCUCCAUGCAAAUUUACUGGGCUUCGAUCUUUAUGCUUCCUAUUUCCAUAUCUAAGGAGAUUGAGCAGCUUAUGCGGGGAUUCUUGUGGUGCCACGGUGAGCUCAAAAGAGGGAAAGCUAAGGUCUCUUGGAAGACCGUCUGCCUCCCGAAAACUCAGGGCGGUCUUGGAAUUAAGAGCCUGUCCACCUGGAACUGUGCCCUUAUGGCCUCUCAUACUUGGAGAAUCCUUACCUUCAAGGAUUCUUUAUGGGUUAAAUGGAUCCAUUCCUACAGGCUUAAAGAGCGAAACUUCUGGGAUGUCCCUAUCCGCAGUGAUGUUGGUUGGGGCUGGAGAAAGAUCCUUGGCAUGAGGGAAAAGAUUAAAGACUGUAUUGUCUCCCAGAUUGGUAAUGGCGCUUCCACGUCCGCCUGGUACGACAACUGGCACCCGGUGGGUCCCCUCUACCGGCAUUUAUCUUCCCGCAGUAUCAUUAAUUCUAAUCUCCCUCUUUCUGCUCCUGUGAAGGAUAUCGUCUCCCAGGGUUUUUGGAACUUCCCUCUCCUGAGGGACAGUCCCAACCCUUUAAUCCGCAAUUCUCCUGUUCCUGUUCUUUCCUCUAAUACCCCUGAUAAACUCCUCUGGAGAACCAGGGAUGGUCGGCUCACGCCGUUCUCUGUUCAUGAGGUCUGGCUCUCUCUCUGUCCUAAUGAGCCGGAUGUCCCCUGGCAUCACUUGGUCUGGUUUUCCCAGAAUAUUCCUAGACAUGCGUUUAUUCUGUGGGUUGCCCUCAAGCAGCGUCUCAAGACGCAUGACAAGCUUCGGUUYUGGGAGGGCCACUCCAACCUGUCUUGUGCUUUCUGUCAAAACGGGCCUGAUUCGCAUUCUCAUCUUUUCUUUGAAUGCCCGUUUCCUAAUCAGGUUUGGAAUGGCUUAAAAGCCAAGCUUAACCUUUCUGGUGUCCCAGAUAAUUGGGCUGAUAUUAUUGGUGUUUUCCAGCAUGCUACCAAAGGAAAGGCCGUCUGGUCUAUUAUUCGAAAAUUAGUGCUUGCUGGAACUGUCUACCACCUGUGA